AUGGCAACCAGCCCCGGAGGAGUUGAUUCUGACUUACGAUCCGUAUCAGUGUAUCUAGAUGGUCGAGCGAGUAUUGAGCAUCAGAUCGAUAUCCAUGUGAUUGACUUGUCGGAAGUCGCCGACAACAAGGAUAUUCUCCUGCUAGAUGUUUUGAAUGGCAUCAGAUAUGUUAUGGAUUAUCGGAUACAAGGUGGCAAAAUGACCCAUCUAGAUGGUGCCAUCAUGGAACGAUUAUGUCGAGGGUUGCUACUUUUCACGAGACAACAUGAAGGAUCACUACUUAAACAGAGACCAACGCAAGAAGCCGAUCUAGCAUUCGUAUUAUUCGGCGAAUUCAUUGAAGAAGUAGAAGAAUUCAGACACGCCGUGUCUCAAACCCCAACAACAGAUCUCAUGCACUCCCUCAAAAUUGAUCGAAGAUGUCAACCAUGGUCAACACCCGAACAAAAGCAGGCUGCAGCAACAAUUCUAGGUCUCCUGACGUCCCGAUUCUCACAAUUCCGUGAUUGGCAUGAACUAGUGCAGUCUGACGAACACGGGGAUGUCGAUGUCCUCAUGAAGGAAUACGAAGAGAAAUUUAAACGCCCUACUAUGCCAAUGCCUAGCAAAGAAGACCUGUAUCCACCACCCGCACUGUAUUUCGACAAGAAUGGUGAACGGCUUGCGGAAAUGUAUCGAACAGACAUCAAGAAUGGAUUGUCGAGUAGUGUCAUACCUGAAUUUACAGCGUUUUAUGGAUCUAAUAUGUUGCCGCCACCGCCCAAGCCGUCGCCGUUGAAGAUGCUGUGGGAGCAAGUAUCGGAUUUCAUGAUUGUUAUCUUGGUUAUUGCAGCUAUUGCUGAAGGGGCUAGUGGUGAUCCGAAGGGCAUGGCGGUGCUACUUAUUGUGGUUGUGAUUAAUGUCAUUAUUGGGUUUUCGCAAGAGUGGAAGGCUAAUCAGGCGCUGGAGGCUCUUAUGUCUCUUUCUGUUCCCAAGGCUUCUGUCAUUCGUGAUGGCAAACAGCAGGUCAUCGACUCCAAGGAGCUCGUUCCUGGAGAUGUUGUUGUACUUGACGAGGGUGAUGCAGUACCAGCCGAUUUGAGACUAGUUGAAGUCUCUGGACUCGAAUUGGUGGAAUCUAUUCUGACUGGUGAAAGUGUUCCAACAGUGAAAUCAAUUCGAACUAUUCGACAAAGGACGCGGAAACUGCCACUUGGAGAUUGCAAAUCUAAUGCUUUCAUGGCUACAGUCGUCGCGAGAGGUCGCGGUAAAGGUAUUGUAGUUAGAACUGGAGAACAAACUGAGAUGGGGAAAAUCAGCAAAGCUUUGACAUCACAAAAGUCGCCUAAGACGCCAAUUCAAAUCAAAUUGGCCAAUCUUGGUAAAUGGCUUGUCGUCUUGUCGGCUGUUCUUUGUAUCUUGAUUGUCAUCAUUGGAUUGGCAUACCGAAGGCCUGCUCUGGUUAUGAUUGAAGUUGGUAUCAGUCUCGCUGUAUCUGUCAUUCCUGAAGGUUUGGUAGCAGUCGUAACUGUAACAAUGGCGUUAGGUGUUCGUCGUAUGGCAACACAAAAUGCCAUUGUACGUAAAUUAGCAUCUGUAGAAACUCUAGGAUCAGUUACAGUCAUUUGCUCCGACAAGACAGGAACUCUUACAGAGGGCAAGAUGGGUACAGCUGAAAUGUGGACGAGUGAUAAUUCAUCGUUUAUAUUUACGCAUUCGACCAGUCUUGAUCCCUCCAUUGGUGGUGCACAACGAUAUCCAUGGACACCAUUACCAGACAUCCUAUCAGAUCCAAAAGGUCCUGGUAACUGGAUUGCGCAUACCAAAGAUCAAGCUGUAGAUGUACCUAAAGAUGUUGCUAAAGCACCAGCACAUCUAGUAGUUGCUUCGAUGGUUGCUACUCUGUGUAAUAAUUCCCGAGUCAAUUGGGACGAAGAGAACAAGAAAUGGAAACCUAUCGGUGAUCCCACUGAAGUGGCUAUGGUCGUAGCUGCUCAAAAAUCUGGAUUUCCGAGAGAGUGGUUUGAGGAAAAGAUGAAGCUGGGUCGUGUUUGUGAGAAUCCAUUUGAUUCUGAUCGGAAGAUUAUGAGUGUGUUAGUUAAACGAGUUGAUGAGGCUAGUAAAAGUAAUGGUGACAGCAAUGGUACAUCGCAUAUGAAUGGAAACGGUGCUGCUGUACCAGCAGAAGGUGAUAUAGUAGAUCAUGUUGCUGGUAAAGCCCCAUCAGAUGGUCAAACGCUUCCACCUGGUACUGCAUUCGUGCUAGUAAAGGGUGCACCAGAAGCCGUACUUCAUAAAUGUGUCUCAUAUCUUCCAUCCCCUGAUCUAAACACUUCUGCAACAUCACCACAUGUAUCCUUUGUUACGUUAUUCGACCAUGCCCAACCAGAACCAUUAUCAGAUGCAUUUGUAGAUUAUGUAUCUGAAGCUAGCUCGAAAAUGGCUGCUCGAGGGUUACGAGUGCUUGCACUGGCUUUGCGACAAGUGAAUGAAGAGACAAGUAGUGCACUUGCAGUGUCGAAGAAUCCGCAAGAUUCUGAAAGAGAGUUGUGUUUUGUUGGGCUUAUUGGGUUGAUUGAUCCUGCAAAAGAGGGAGUCAAAGAGAGUGUCGCCAGUUGUAAGGCUGCUGGUAUUCGAGUCAUCAUGAUUACUGGUGAUCAUGUGGCCACGGCGACUGCCAUUGCCAAGCAAUUAGGAAUCAUUGAUCCAGAGAAUCCCAUUCUGAAUCGAGCAAUGAAAGGUUAUGAAGUCGACCUGCUCUCUGAAGAGCAGUUGGGCGAUCUUCGUCCAUUCCCAGUAGUAUUCGCUCGUGUCAGUCCUGAUAACAAGCUCAAGAUUGUAACUGCAUUGCAAGCAAUUGGUCAAGCUGUUUCCAUGACUGGUGAUGGUGUGAAUGAUGCUCCAGCCAUCAAGAAGGCUGAUGUAGGAGUUGCUAUGGGCAUUGGUGGAACAGAAAUCACCAAGCAAGCAGCUGACAUUGUUUUGGCUGAUGAUAACUUUUCCACCAUUGUCGCUGCUGUUAAGGAAGGUCGACGAGUCUUUGAUAAUAUCAAGAAGUUUAUUGUGUACUUGCUGUCUUGUAACUCGGCUGAGAUCUGGCUCUUCCUCAUAUGUGCUGUCAUUGAUGUAGAUCUGCCAUUCAUAACGAUCCAAAUCCUGUACGCCAACAUUAUAGCAGAUAUUCCACCAGCCAUGUCACUCGGUCUCGAACCACCAGAAACCGAUAUUAUGGAUCGACCACCUCGUCCACCAAACCAAUCCGUCUUGACUCCAAUAUCAACCUUACUAGUACUAUCGCAAGGCUUGAUACAGUCUCUGCUGAGUUUUGGAGCAUACAUGUUGGCACGAGGAGGAUAUAUACCGACUGAUGAAAGUCUAAUUAGUCAGAGAUCUUUAGCCUUUGCUACAUUAACUACUUUACAGCUGUGGCAGUCAUUCUUGUCACGGUCUGUUGAAGCUAGUGUGUUUACGACGGGUGUAAUAGGGAAUAAGUGGAUGAUUGGAGCUUUCUUGCUGUCAUUUUUGUGCUUGUUGCUUGGAUUGUAUUUGCCAGGUUUCUCGGAUUGGCUUGAACUUGGAGACAUUCAUAUAAUCGGAUGGGGUGUCUGUCUAGCUUGUGUGGUGAUUCAAACUGUUUGUGUUGAAUUGCUCAAACUAUGGGCUAGAACAGCUUAUGCUCGGGGAUGGUUGCAGGAGAUACGGUUCCCAUGGUCAAAACGGAAGACGACGUCGUUUGUGAGGCCGUUUUGA